AUGGGAAGCGCGCGCCACGUCGCCCCGGGCGUCAGCGCGCUCCGCGCGCGCCAAAACGCGCGCGUCCGAGACGCGCGACCGCGGAGUGGAAGAUUCGCUCGCGUCGUCACGUCCGCCGCCGUCCGCGCGCGCGCGCACGCGCAGGCCGCGGUGCAGACGACGCCGCUGACGAAGGCGGACCUCGUGGAGUACCUCCGAUCUGGCUCGAAGCCGAAGUCGGAGUGGAGGAUCGGCACCGAGCACGAGAAGUUCGGGUACCAGAAGAGCAACCUGCGACCGAUGGAGUACGACGCGCACGUGCUCCUCGAGGCGCUCGUGCGACGGUUCGACUGGCAACCGAUGAUGGAGGGCGACGACAUCAUCGGCGCCAAGCUGGAUGGGCAGUCCGUGACGCUGGAGCCCGGCGGGCAGUUCGAACUCAGCGGCGCGCCGCUGAUCAACCUGCAUCAGACGUGCGCGGAGGUGCACUCGCACCUGUACCAGGUCAAGACGGUGGCGAAGGAGAUCGACGUGAGCUUCCUCGGGCUCGGGUUCCAGCCCAAGUGGUCGGUCGCGGACACGCCCGUGAUGCCGAAGGGGCGGUACAAGAUCAUGAAGGCGUACAUGCCGAAGCGAGGGAAGCGGGGGCUGGACAUGAUGUUCCGGACGUGCACGAUCCAGGUGAAUUUGGAUUUCGCGGACGAGGAGGACAUGGUGAGGAAAUUUCGCACGUCGCUCGCGUUGCAGCCCGUCGCGACGGCGCUCUUCGCCAACUCGCCGUUCGUCGACGGCAAGCCGAGCGGUAUGAAGUCGCUGCGAUCGAACGUGUGGGAGGACACGGACCCGGACAGGACCGGGUCGCUGACCUGGGUCUACGAGGACGGGUUCGGGUUCGAGAGAUACACUGAGUACGUCAUGAACGUUCCGAUGUACUUCGUGUACAGAGACGGCGUUUACCACGACGUCACGGGCGAGUCGUUCGUGGAUUUCAUGGAAGGCAAACUCCCGCAGUUCCCCGGCGUGCACGCCACGCUGGACGACUGGGAGCAGCACCUCUCGACGUGCUUCCCGGAGGUGCGACUGAAGCGAUACAUGGAGAUGCGCGGCGCGGACGGAGGCCCGUGGGGUAACAUCUGCGCGUUGCCCGCGGUGUGGGUCGGGCUACUGUACGACGAGACGGCGUUGUCGGACGCGGAGAAGCUCGUCGCGGACUGGACGCCCGAGGAGAAGGAGUACCUGCGGCACGCGGUGACGAAGGACGCGCUGCAGACGCCGUUUCGCGACGGCACGGUGCAGGACGUCGCGAUCGAGAUGGUGAAGAUCGCGAAGGAGGGGUUAAGGCGACGAGGCGCCAACGAGGAAAAUUUCGUCGACGGACUGAUGGAGAUCGCGACGACGGGGAAGACGUCCUCGGACUUGCUCCUGGAGGCGUACGAGAACGAGUGGGGCGAGGACAUCGACAAGGUGUUCAAGAAGCUGUCGUACUAGCUAGCGAUCGAUCGCUUCUGUUGUUUGUCUCUGCCGUUGUCGUAACCUUAACCUUGAUCUAUCUC